UCAUAACCUUCUAAGCCAGACGGUCCAGGUGGCACAGGCUUCCGUCCUGGGCCCUUCAUGAGCGUCCAUGCCGAACAUGACGACACGUAUUGCAAGUCAUCCGAAAAUGCACCCCAGAUGAUCAUGACAUAUACUGCUUUGCUGUCCCUCGCAAUUCUUAGGGAUGAUUUUUCCCGCCUAGAUCGUUCUGGCUUGAUUGCGUUUCUGAAGGCAUGUCAGAACGAGGAUGGAAGUUUCUCCUCGGAGCCUUACGGGGGUGACGCUGACUUGAGGACGACGUAUUGCGCUUUUGCCAUCAGCAGCAUGCUGAGCGACUGGUCGGGAGUGCACAUUGAUCGGGCUUUGGCCUUCGUCGCGUCAUGCAGGACUUACGAAGGAGGGUAUGGUCAAACCCCCUUUUCCGAGGCAUCAGGUGGACCUACAUAUUGCGCGCUAGCGUCAAUCUUCCUUGCGGGACAAGGCGAACAACUGUCAGAAAGUGACAAACUCCGUACCGUGCGGUGGCUGGUCGUGAACCAGGAGCCUUCUGGUGGUUUCCGAGGACGGACGUGCAAAGGCGCGGAUGCCUGUUACAGCUUUUGGUGCGGAGCCUCGAUAGCUAUUCUGGGAGCUAAGGAGUUAGUUUCUGAACUUUCCAUCGUGUCCUACAUAGCAUCAUGUCAGUUCAAGUUCGGGGGCAUUGCUAAAGUACCAGGUGACCAUCCAGAUCCAUAUCAUACGUAUUUGUCGCUGGCUGCAUCAGCUCAGUAUCCGGUUCCAGAAGUCGUUGGUGCGGACACCUGGCUUCUCCCGGCCCUGGACCCACUUCUUAACGCGACUCGGGACACGGCCGAGUGGGCCAAGAGACACAUCAGGAUCGAGAAUUAGGUCUGCUUACGCAGGCCCAGUGAGAAGUAUUUAGAAUUUCGCGAGAACACAUAGGAAGAUUGAGAACGGUUGCCUAUACUUAGAAGGGAGUUCCAAGGACGAGUGUACUGCUGCCGGUGGCACACACUGU